AUGGUUUUGGCAGCAGUGGCGCAGCUCAAAUCGACCGGCGUGAUAGCGGACAACCUCGCUGCGUCGGUCUCGAUCAUCCGCAACGCCUCGCUUCGCGGGGCCAAAGCGAUCUUCCUGCCCGAAGCGACGGACUUUAUCGCGCCGACUGCCAAUGUUGCCGCCCUCACGCGCUCCGACGACAACCGCAGAUUUGUCGAGGGCAUUCGGUCGGCUGCGAGGGAAGCGGGCGUGUGGGUUUCGGUCGGGAUUCACGAGGCACCCUCUUCUUCGCAGGAUGAGAGAGAUGCCAAGGACAAUGGAGGCAGGCUACGAUGCUACAACACACAGCUGCUGAUCGAUCACCAGGGCGAGAUCCUGGACAGGUAUCGCAAGCUGCAUCUCUUCGAUGUGGAUAUUAAGGGCGGCCUCAAGAUCCUCGAGAGCGACUCGACCAUUCCGGGAUCAGAGCUACUCCCCCCUCGCUCUACACCCGUUGGCUCACUGGGCUUGCUCACAUGCUACGACCUGCGCUUCCCGGAACCAUCUCUGCGACUGCGACGGCAAGGCGCACAACUGCUCACCUACCCCUCCGCCUUCACCGUCCGCACCGGCGCCGCACACUGGGAGACGCUCCUCAGAGCAAGAGCGAUAGAAACGCAGAGCUACGUACUCGCAGCUGCUCAAGUGGGAGCCCACGAUGGAACAAAGAGAACCUCAUGGGGUCAUGCCAUGAUCGUAGAUCCCUGGGGGUCCGUCGUUGCUCAGUGUCCGGAUAUUCAGCCCUACAAGCCCACCUUUUGUAUGGCUGAUAUCGAUCUUGAAGCUUUGGAGAACACGCGGAAGGAGAUGCCGCUGUGGGAGCAGAGACGAGGCGACGUCUUUCCGCAGAUCUGA